AUGAUCAACAUGGUUGCCUUUUUCUCCUGGAUCCUCAUCUCGUGUGCCUAUCUCCGCUUCCGCGCGGCGAUGAGAGCACAGGGCGUCGACCGAUCGACACUCCCCUAUGUCUCUCGGUUCGGCAAGCCAGGCGCGUAUCUAUGCAUCAUUUACUUUACGGCUAUUGGGUUCCUGAACGGCUUCAAUGUAUUCUUCCCCGGGCAGUGGAGCGUUUCGGACUUUUUGACGGCCUACAUUGGCACACUUUUGUUUGCGGUCUUGUACAUCGGCCACAAGCUUACGGUUGGGAGAAGAGAUGCAUGGGUCAUUCCAGCGGGUGAAGUUGACCUGUUCCGUGCGCACGAGGAACCGAUUGUUGCAGAAACUGUUUCGCUCGACGCGGAGAUCUCCCAUACAGGAUCGAGUAUCUGGAAGAGGGUAAUAGGGAAGCGAGGAAAGUAA